UUCAUUUCUAUUCCGGCAUUCGGUUAGGUAACAGAUCGGUAUAACAACAACCGGCCAACAAAAUUUUUCCAAAAAUCAUUUGAAAAUUUUCCAAGUUUUCUUAAGAUGGAGAACGGUCCGGAGUUCAAUUGGGAGUACAGUCAUGGCGGUCAGGGCAAUCCCAAUUACUCUCAGGUGGGAAUGAGGGGCACUCCUCCUGGUGGCGGUGGUCGUCAAUGGUUGCACUCGAGUCAGGCAAACACCCAAAACUUUAGUCCCCACGGGUCGGGAUCACACCCACAUCACGCUUCGCCAGGCGACCCUUUCGCCUCGUACAACCAAAACAUGCUGAACAUGUAUACCAAUUUCAAGCCCAGUUACGGACAUUCUCAAGUGGGCCCAGCCAUGGUCCAGGGAGUAGGGCAGGAACCCAGCCAAGAGAUGGGUCGUGGAAUGGGUAAUGGAAUGUCAGAAUCUAUGGGAUUUAAUGAAGGUAUGAAUCAAGGCAUGAAUCUUGGCGGAGGAAUGGGAGUUGGUGCCAUGCGUGGAGGUCAGAGGUUAGCUGGAGGCUACGCUGCCCGCUCGAACGGUCUCUACGAUCCAAAUCCUUCGAGAUCCCACCGAGGUAGUUGGUUCUAGAAGUCCCACUACACCGAUUCAUUGCUCAAAAAAUCCUACUAGUUCCCAUCUAGAAAUUUCCGGAGCACCGUUGUAAAGAUCUAUCUAUAGGCAAUCCAUAAACUGUAUAUAGCGAAUAAAUCGAAAUUUUC